AGGAUAUUUGAUUUCUGUUGAUAAAUAUUUUUUUCAUUACAAAUUUUAAUGUUGAUUAAUCUAAAUGGGUUCCUAAUUGUUGCUCUUGUGUAAAAUUAAUAUGAAAUGUUAUUGAUUAUUGUUAUCUGCUGUCAUUUCAUAUUUUUAAAAAAUAAUAAUAAUAAUAAGUGCAUGAAUAAUUUGUUCCACUGUAUAUAUAAAUAAAACAUAUGUUUAAUAUUUAUUAGUUCUUUCUAGAUGCAAGUUUAAGUUUCAAGUCAAGAUAAAAUUUAUAGAAUGUUACUCAAAUUAUCAUUCAGUAAAAAUAAUUUAGCUGCAGGAAAUAUUCUUAAAGAAAGCUUGCUAAGGAUGCCAGCAUUGAUGUUAAAUCCAUAUAUGCAUUACGGACGUUCACAAGUCAAUUGUGGAGGAAAGAAAGAUAAGCAUCCUUGGUGUCCUAAGAAGAAAGUGACUUGUAGGCAAAAACCAGCACCAUGUAGUCCUAAACCAUGUAAACCACCACAAUUUGCCUGUCCACCUAAUGAUCCUCCUGAUCAUUGUCCUUAUAUACCGCCAAAGUGUAUAAAACCGUGUUGUAAUAGUGGAAAACCAUGCAUUCCACCUAAAAAUCGAUUUAUUCCUCCUAAAUCCAGUGAAAAAAAAAUAUAAUUAAAUAUAACCAUACAGGAUGGAUAUAAUUAAGAAAGGUCUUAAAACCAAUCAUCUUUCAUCCAUGAAAAAAUUCUUUUUUACUGAAUGAUUAAAAAAAACAAUAAUAAAAGGCUAUUUACAAAUU